AUGAACUUGGUUCUUGUUCUUCUCAUCCUGUGCUCAUCGGCGCUCGCCCGCCCAAUCCGCAUGUUGUCUGAGAAUUCUUCCCUCGAAAACCCGUCAAACUCUACUUCCCUCUACGUAAACGCACCACAACCACUUGGAAUGACCGAUGACGCUGAAUUGGAACAUAACCGCAAAGUUCACAAAUUCUUCAACGGAAGAGCAGUUCACCAACAAAUCAAGUUCGAAUUGGGAUUCAGAACCUCGAAAACUUACGUCUUCUACCUUCCUCUCACGAUCAAGUCGAAAGUUGAAAUCUAUAUCAACUCCUCCUCUCCUGUCAUGCUGCAAAUCGGACGAUGUGGAUGGACAUCGGUUAUUGGCUUCAAAAAAGAAGAAAUCUUCGAAUUGAGCCCGGAUUUGGUCCAGCAUAUUAUCAAAAACAGAUGCCUCCAGGACAUGGAUCUUUUGUACGUGGAAGUCAGAUCUAUCGGGAAGACUGUCGGCGAAUUUGAUAUUCGAGAGAAGAACGCAACGUUAUUCAGUGCCUUCCAUGUUCUUGCUGUUGGGUUCUGCGUCGGAUUUCUUCUCGCAUUUGUACUUUACGACUUGCACACUAAAUGCAAAAAUGAGAAGGAAAAGAAGGCAGGAGACAAGAAAGAAGAAAAUGAGAACCAAGAGAAUUCGGUGGAGAAUCUUGCACCAGUCGCAUCUUCUGAGUCUUUGGGAGACCCAGAACUUCCAACCCCCAGCAAUGAGCCGACCUCCGGUAUCGAACUAAAGGAACUCUCCAAUUCGUCGUCUACCUCCUCGUCCAACUCCGAAAAAGUCACCAUCGAUAAGUAA